UUUCAGAUUUUAUUCUCGGGACCGAAGAUUUUCACUUUAUCCAUCUGACUAGAGUAGUCUAUAAUGAAAUACGUGACACAUCAUAGAUAUUACAAAAUAUACGCACGGUACUCUCAAUAUGGCGUCUUCACCCCACCACCAUCCCAUCGCCAGAAGUCAGCGGUCUAAUCUGUACGCGGUAGAAGUUUGAUAAUGGCCGAGUUGCUGUUGGACCCGAAUAUUCGCGGCUGGGUGUUUCUGCCUAUAGUGGUGAUUACGUUUCUCGUUGGUAUCGUCCGUCACUAUGUUUCGAUACUGCUCGCAUCGCAGAAGAAAGUCGAGCUGCAUCAAGUGCAAGACAGUCAAGUUAUGAUACGCUCCAGGCUGCUUAGGGAAAAUGGACAGUACAUACCAAAAGUAGCAUUUAUGACUAGAAGACACUUUUUCAACAAUGAGGAAACUGGCUACUUCAAGACACAGAAACGUGCUCCUGUUUCCCAAAAUCCUAUGACUGACCCAAAUAUGAUGACAGACAUGUUGAAGGGAAAUGUGACCAAUGUAUUGCCCAUGGUAUUGAUUGGUGGUUGGAUCAAUUGGAUGUUCUCUGGAUUUGUAACAACAAAAGUACCAUUUCCAUUGACACUACGUUUCAAGCCAAUGCUGCAACGAGGUAUAGAGUUGGUUACAUUGGAUGCUGCAUGGGUCUCCUCAGCUUCGUGGUAUUUCCUUAAUGUAUUUGGAUUGAGAUCCAUUUAUACACUUGUGCUCGGUGAAAAUAAUGCUGCAGAUACUUCAAGAUUGCUGCAAGAUCAGGUGUCAGGUGCUGCAAUGUCUAUGCCUCCUGAUCCAAAAGCAGCUUUCAAGUCUGAAUGGGAAGCAUUGGAAAUCUGUGAACAUAAUUGGGCGUUACAGGGAGUAGAUGCUGAAUUAAUGGGUACCCAAUCAAAGUCUGAUACAGCUGAGAGUAUAUAUCAUCAAGGCAGAGCAAAUUGAUAUAUCUAGUUAUAAAAAUAAAAUUAUAAAAAAAUUCAAGUAAACGACUUAUUUAUUUGUAUCUUAAGUGAGCAAUUUAAGCAACAUUAAUUUGUUUUUUUUUUUAAUAAAUUAAGCAAUAAAGUACAACAGCAACUUUAAUUUUAA